UACAUCUUUCACAAUAUGGCUUCCCUUUGGCUUGGAUCACCUCUUAUUUACAGAAAUACCCUUCCGAACAGCAUGCAGAAACAACGUCGUACUCCUCGGCGUUUGGCUUGCCACGUCGUUGCUGAAACAGGUCCGGCGGAGGCUGUCGUUGUUCGUCGGUCGGGAAACUAUCGGCCUUCUCUUUGGGACGAGAAUUAUAUCCAAUCGCUUGAGAACAAAUACGCAAAGGAAAGCAAAGUCCAAGUGAAAGCCAACUUGCUGAAACAAGAAGUGAAGAAGAGGCUGGAUGAAACAGAAGGUCCUCUCCAACAACUAGAGCUCAUCGACACUCUGCAAAGGCUCGGACUUUCGUAUCAUUUUGAUAACGAAAUUACGACUAUUUUAACGAAAAUUCACGAGGGAAGAACAAAUAACGCUGUAACAAGUCACAAAAUUGAAGAUUUGAAUGCCACCGCUCUCGAAUUUCGUCUCCUUAGACAACACGGUUUCUUUGUCUCGCAAGAUGUUUUCGAUGAUGUCAAGGAUGAAAAAUCGUAUGAAACGUGUUUAAAAGGAUCAGACAAUGAUGCCAAAAGUCUUCUCUCCCUUUAUGAAGCUUCGUACCUUUCGACGGAAUCAGAUUUUAAGCUGAAGGAAAUUCGAUCUUAUGCCAAGAAGAGAUUAAGGGACUUUGUCACUAAAAGCAACACAAGCGAUCAAACGGAAUCAUAUAUUCGUGAGAUGAUAAUCCUAUCAUUAGAGAUGCCAUACCACUGGAGGCCAGUCGCUUUAGAAGCUCGAUGGUACAUAGAUGUGUACGGAAAGAGACGAGACAUGGAUCCGCUUCUGCUAGAAUUCGCCAAGCUAGAUUUCAACAUCGUACAGUCUUUCUACCAAGAAGACCUGAAAUCUGCUUUCAGGUGGUGGAGUAAGACAGGGCUUAAAGAACUUGAGUUUGCGAGAGACAGAAUACUUGAGAAUUAUAUUUGGAAAGUGGAAUUAUUCCAUGAGCCUCAACUUGGAUACCAACGGCGAGAAGUCACCAAAACUAUUGCGUUAACUACAACCAUUGACGAUAUUUACGAUGUUUAUGGCACUAUGGAAGAGCUUGAGCUCUUCACGGAGGCGGUCCGAAGAUGGGACGUGAACCUUGUUGAUGAACUUCCAGAAUACAUGAGGGUGUGUUUCCUCGUGCUGUUCAAUGAGGUCAAUCAAACGGGACAUGAUAUCCUUCGAGAUAAAAAAUUCAAUGUCAUCCCUUAUCUUAGGAAAGCUUGGACCGACAUAACGAGCGCAUACAUGGUAGAAGCAAAGUGGCACAAGCGCGGAUACAAACCAACUUUCAAAGAGUAUAUAGAGAACGCGAGGAUCUCAAUCGGUGCCCCGGUAAUAUUGAUUCAUUCUUACUGCGUUUUGGCCGACAAAAUCUCAAAGGAAACCAUAGAAAGUUUGGUUGAAGAUCGUCAACCCGUUGUCAAAGGCUCCGCCAUCAUCAUGCGUGUUGCCAAUGAUAUCGGAACUUCAGCGGAUGAGUUAGCAAGAGGGGACGUUCAAAAGUCCAUGCAAUGUCAUAUGCAUGAGACGGGAGCCUCCGAUGUGGCGGCACAUGAUUACAUGAUGGACGUGAUAAGCGAUGCAUGGGACGAGAUGAAUCACGAGAGAAUGUCACGUGGCUCUUCACUUCAUCGUCGUUUCCUUCAGACAUCCGUCAACUUGGGACGUAUGUCACUGUGUAUGUAUCAGUACGGUGACGGCCAUGGUUUUCCUGAAAAUGCUAAGACCGUUGACCGUACCAAAUCUUUGAUCCUUGACCCCAUUCCUCUCGAUUAAUCAUCGUUUAUUAACAGCCAUAAUUGGAGUUUGGCAUAUGAAUGUAAAUCUUAAUUAAGAUGUACCACUCGAGGUGGUGAAAAGGUUUCAACUUUUCAAUAUGUACCAUGAUCGAGAUAUUCGAAUAAAGAUUAAAGCGGUCUGGUCCGUCGCCAUACCGA